AGGGAGCGGGCCGGUUCCGGUGUAGGAAGGGGAGCCAUGGGUGGCCGUAACAAGAAGCAGCGGGCAGGUAGCGCCGCGCACACCGCUUCUGCAGCAACUGCUGCCGCCCGAGCUCGAGCCGCGGCCGGCGCUUCUGCUCCUUCUGCCGCCACCGCCGUGGAGGUGGGUAGCAGAGCGCAGCCGCGUCUGCCGUCUGCUUCCAGGGAGCCGCGUGUCAAGCAAGGUCCAAAAACUUACAGUUUAAGUUCAUCAACAGAUUCCAGUGCUGCAGCAAAUCUAGAUAAAUCUGUUCUGAAGGUAAUGAUAAAUGGUAAUUUGGAGAAAAGGAUUAUUGAUGUAAUCAAUGACCAUAAAAAACAAAAUGAUGACAAAGGAAUGAUUUCCAGAAGACUUACUGCUAAGAAGCUGCAGGACGUGUACAUGGCUUUACAAAGGUUCUCUUUUAAGACUGAGCAUAUUGAAGAAGCAAUGAAAAAUACACUUUUGUAUGGUGGUGAUCUUCACUCAGCACUUGAUUGGCUUUGUUUAAAUCUUCCUGAUGAUGCCUUGCCAGAAGGCUUUAGCCAGCAGUUUGAAGAACAGCAACAGAAACCUAGAGCAAAAUUUUGUUCUCCUGUAUCACAGCAUGAGCCUUCACCUCACUUCAUAAGUAACAGAAAGAAAGCAAAUAAUCCUGAAACUAAGGAAAAAAAUACAGGGAAGGAGAAAGAAAUGAGCAUGAAGGAAUGGAUUUUGCAAUAUGCUGAGCAACAGAGCGAGGAAGAGAAGAAUGAGUCUGCAAAAGAGACAGAGGAAGAAAAGUUUGACCCAAAUGAACGGUAUGUACAUUUGGCUGCCAAAAUUUCAGAAGCAAAAGAGCAAGCAAGCAUCUCUAAGCAAGACAAAGACAAGCAAGGCCAGAAGGUAGCACAGGAGAAAAUAAGAAGAAUCCAGCAAGAAAUGGCAGUACUUGAAGAACAUCCAGUGUUUAAUCCAGCUAUAAAAAUUUCAAGCCAACAAAAUGAAAAGAAAAAAGCUCCUUCAACUCAGCCUCAAGAAACCACUUUGAAUUUGAGCUUGCUUGAAAAACCAGAUGUUGCUGCUAAGGAAGACACAGUGAAAAAGAAAGAACCACUAGAUGUACGAAAUUUUGAUUAUAGCACUCGAAGCUGGACCGGUAAAUCUCCAAAACAGUUUUUGAUUGACUGGUGCAGGAAGAAUUUUCCCAAGAGCCCAAAUCCUGCUUUUGAAAAGGUUCCAGUUGGAAAAUAUUGGAAAUGUAGGGUCAGGAUUACCAAAUCAUCAGAUGAUGUAAUGACAAUGUGUCCUACAAUCGUAACAGAAGACAGUAUGCAAGCACAGCAUCUAGCUGCAACUUUGGCACUCUAUCAUUUAACCAAAGGACAAUCAGUUCAUCAGUUACUGCCACCUACCUACCGAGAUGUCUGGCUGGAGUGGAGGGAUACUGAAAAGAAAAAGGAAGAAGAAAAUAAAAUAGAAACCAACAAACCUCGUGAUAACUUUAUUGCUAGAUUAUUAAACAAACUCAAACAACAACAACAGCUACAAUCUGAAAAACAGACAAAAGUGUCUGAGGGCCCUGAAGAUUCCUGGGAAAACUUAGUUUCCGAUGAAGACUUCAGCUGUCUUUCCCUGGAGACCUCAAACACAGACAAUUUGGAACCUUCAAGGAUUUUAUUCAAAAAGCUGCAAAGUUCCUCCAGAUACCAGAGGCUUCUGGAAGAGAGACAGGAGUUACCUGUGUUUAAGCAUAGAUACUCAAUUGUAGAAACUCUGAAAAAACAUCGAGUAGUUGUUGUGGCUGGUGAAACAGGCAGUGGGAAGAGUACCCAAGUGCCUCAUUUCUUGUUAGAAGACUUAUUGCUAGAUGAAGGAUCAAAGAAAUGCAAUAUUGUUUGCACACAGCCUCGAAGAAUUUCAGCAGUAAGCCUAGCAACCAGAGUUUGUGAAGAGCUAGGCUGCGAUUCAGGACCAGGAGGAAAAAAUUCCCUGUGUGGAUAUCAAAUUCGUAUGGAAUCAAGAACGGGAGAAGCCACCAGACUGCUGUACUGUACCACAGGUGUCCUGCUUCGGAAACUUCAAGAAGAUGGUCUUCUUUCAAGUAUAUCUCAUGUUAUUGUAGACGAGGUACAUGAAAGAUGUGUCCAGUCUGAUUUCUUACUAGUUAUUCUGAAGGAGAUCUUGCAUAAGCGUUCAGACCUGCAUCUGAUUUUAAUGAGUGCUACCGUAGACAGUGAAAAGUUUUCAAGCUAUUUCUCACACUGUCCUAUUUUAAGGAUCUCAGGGAGAAGUUAUCCUGUUGAGAUUUUCCAUGUUGAAGAUGUAAUUGAAGCAACUGGCUAUGUUCUGGAGAAAGACUCAGAAUAUUGUCAGAAGUUCAUGGAAGAGGAGGAGGAAGUGACAAUAAAUGUUAGCAGCAAAGGAGGAGACACUACAAAGUAUCAGGAGUAUGUCCCAGUCCAGUCUGGAUCUAGUACCAGUUUGGCUCCGUAUUAUGCAAAGUAUAGCAGCCGUACACAGCAGGCCAUCUUCUAUAUGAAUCCUUACAAGAUCAACCUUGAACUUAUUUUGGAGUUGCUUGCAUAUUUAGAUAGAAGUCCCCAGUUCAAGAACAUUGAGGGUGCUGUACUGAUCUUUUUACCAGGCCUUGCCCAUAUCCAACAGCUAUAUGAUCUCAUUUCAACUGAUAGAAGAUUUAACUUGCAUGACAGGCACAGGCUGAUAGCAUUGCAUUCUGUUCUUUCAACUCAAGAUCAAGCAGCUGCAUUUGCAAUACCUCCUCUUGGUAUCAGAAAGAUAGUCCUGGCCACCAAUAUAGCAGAGACAGGUAUUACCAUACCAGAUGUUGUCUUCGUAAUUGAUACUGGGAGAACAAAAGAAAAUAGGUAUCAUGAAAGUAGUCAGAUGAGUUCCCUGGAGGAGACCUUUGUUAGUAAAGCGAGUGCUCUGCAGCGACAAGGAAGAGCUGGGCGUGUUAGGGAUGGAUUCUGCUUCCGAAUGUAUACAAGAGAAAGGUUUGACGGUUUCAUGGAAUAUUCUGUGCCAGAAAUACUGCGUGUGCCUUUGGAGGAAUUAUGCCUUCAUAUUAUGAAAUGCAAUCUUGGUUCUCCUGAAGAUUUCCUUUCCAGAGCCUUAGAUCCACCACAGCAGCAAGUAAUUGGCAAUGCAAUGAACCUGUUGAGGAAAAUUGGGGCUUGUCUCUUCAGUGAGCCCAAGCUGACUCCAUUAGGCCAGCACCUUGCAGCCCUUCCUGUCAAUGUAAAGAUUGGCAAAAUGCUUAUAUUUGGUGCUAUAUUUGGCUGCUUAGAUCCUGUGGCAACUCUGGCUGCUGUUAUGACCGAAAAAUCCCCAUUUACUACACCAAUUGGUCGCAAAGAUGAAGCAGAUCUUGCAAAGUCAUCACUAGCAAUGGCAGUUUCAGACCAUAUAACAAUCUACAACGCUUAUUUGGGGUGGAAAAAGGCUCGGCAAGAAGGUGGAUAUCGUGCUGAAAUGGGUUAUUGCAGAAGAAAUUUCCUUAAUAGGACUUCACUGUUAACUCUGGAGGAUGUGAAGCAAGAACUCAUAAGAGUGGUCAGAGCGGCAGGGUUCACAGCACCCACAAUGGAAUUUGCAUUGGAUGGAAAUGGAGCCACACAAUCCCUUUCUCUCCAAGAAAUAUCUCUUCUUAAAGCUGUAUUGACUGCAGGGCUUUAUGACAACAUUGGAAAAAUAAUGUAUAUGAAGUCUGUGGAUAUUACAGAGAAGCUGGCUUGCAUGGUAGAAACAGCUCAGGGUAAAGCACAAGUGCAUCCUUCCUCUGUAAACCGAGACUUACAGACAUAUGGAUGGCUCCUUUACCAGGAGAAGGUGAGGUAUGCUAAGGUGUAUUUGAGAGAGACUACUUUAAUAUCCCCCUUUCCCAUUCUCCUUUUUGGUGGGGACAUAGAAGUCCAGCAUCGGGAGCGUCUCCUGACAGUUGAUGGCUGGAUCCAUUUUCAGGCUCCUGUAAAGAUAGCAGUAAUCUUCAAACAGCUGAGAGUUCUCAUUGAAUCUGUCUUAAAGAAGAAGCUUGAAAAUCCUAAAAUGUCACUUGAAGGUGAUAAAGUCUUACACAUCAUCAAAGAACUGAUAAAAACAGAGAGUGGUAACUGAAAAUGGAAAUCAGUAGCAUAUUAAAGCCUUGGUAAUGGCAAGAGGAACAUGCUCCAGCAUUAACCAUAAGGAUUCAAAUUACAGACUCACAGAACCACAGAACCUUAGAGGUUGGAAGGGACCUCCAGACAUCAUCACUCCAACGCCCCUGCCAAGCAGGAUCACCUAGGGUAUUUUGCACAGGAAUGCAUCCAGGUGGGUUUUGAAAGUCUCCAGAGAAGGAGACUCCACAACCUCCCUGAGCAGCCUGUUCCAGUGAUCUGUCACCCUCACUAUAAACUCACUGUAAAGAAGUUUCUCCUCAUGUUGAGGUGAAACCUUCUGUGUUCCACCUUUUAUCCAUUUCUCCUUGUAUGAUUGCUGCACAUCCCCAAAAACAAAUUGACCAGACUAAACAGCCCCAAGAUUCUCAGUCUCUAUUCAUAAGGGAGAUGCUCAGGUCAUCCGCAUGGCUCUCUCUGCUGGACUUUUUCCAACAGAUCGCUGUCUACCUGAAUUGGGGAGUCCAAAACUGGACACAGCAUUGCAGGUGUGGUCUCACAAAGGCAGAGUAGAGGAGGAAAAGAACCUCUCUAGCCCUGCUGGCCACACUUUUCGUGAUGCGCCCUAGGAUGCCAUUGGCUCUCUUAGCCACAACGGCACAUGCUGGCUCAUGCAGAACUUGUUGCCCACCAGCACUCCCAAGUCUUUCUUGAUGGAGCUGCUUUCCAACAAGGCAGCCCCAACCUCUACGGGUGCCUGCUGUUGUUCCUCCCCAGAUGCAGGACCUUGCACUUGUUCUUACUGAACUUCAUGUGCUUAGCCUUUGUCCAGCACUCAGCCUGUCCCGCUCUCAUUGGGUGGCAGCACAGCCUGAGGGGUGUCAGCCCCUCCCCAGUUUUGUAUCAUCAGCAAGCUUGCUGAGGGUACGCUCAAUGCCCACAUCCAGGUCAUUGAUAGAGACAUUUAACAAAACUAGACCCAGUGCUGAUCCCUGGGGAACACCACUGGUUACAGGCCUCCAACUUGACUCUGUGUCACAGAUGACAACUCUCUGAACUAUGCUGUUGGGCAGUUUUCAAUCCACCUCACAGCCCAAAUUUCUGUGCCACAUCUCCUGAGCUGUUCUGUGAGGAUGUUGUGGGACACAGCAUCAAAAGCCUUGCUGAAGCCAAGGCAAAUGACAUCCACAGCCCUUCCUUCAUCUGCCCAUUUGGUCAUGGUUUCACAGGAAGCAAUCAGGUUAGUCAAGCAAGAUCUCCCUGUGGUAAAUCCAUAUUGGCUACUCCUCAUAAUUCUCUUCCAUGUGGUUAGAGAUGGCCUACAGAAUGAGCCACUCCAUCACCUUUCCAGAGAUGGAGGUGAGGCUGACUGCUCUGCUAUUGGGUUUUCUUCCUUCUUGCCUUUUUUGAAGCCUGGAGUGCCAUUGGCUUUUUUCCAGUCCCCAGUCCCUUUGCUAUUCUCCAUGGCUUUUCACAAAUGAUGGAGAGUCUCAGCAACAGUAUCAACAUGGAUGGAAGCAGUUUCUUUUCAAUACAAAAAUGCUAUGACAAAAUUCCUUGUUUUGUUUAAUGUCCUAACUAUGACAUCACUGGUGAUACAGACUGAAGUAGUGAUUAAAGAUUGCAUCCUGAAUUUCAGCUGAAUAGAAUUCUGUUAGGGAUGUGCAAACAGAAGACACAUGUUUCUUAUGUGUGUUCCCCAUGUGAUGUUUUUUCUAAUCUAUGUAUUUACAGUAUUGAAACAACAUAUCUUAGAGAUACUUUUGUGUGUAUGUAUGGUUUACAUUAAGAAGAUAGUAUGGACUGCCAUGAACAGUGCUCAGCUAAAUAAAUACAAAGUGAAAUUUUGGAUCGCUAACUUGUCUUUCAAGAAUGAAGAAUACUUUUUGGGGAGGAGGGUGUACUACUAAACAAUUGCAGUCAAGUAGGAACUCUGUAUGUACAGACAGAGGCUUAGUGCAGAAGUUUUUUUUUUUAAUCUGAAAAACACAACUUUCAUAGGCCAGAACUAGUAAAACACAAAAAUGCAAAAUAUAUGGAGCUGUCCAGUGCAAUGGUCGUAGCAGAGAUGGCACUGCUGCACUGAGAGAAAUAUAAACUGAAAGUAAUACAGUUUGUGUGGGCUACCCUACACUCGUUAUGAGAGAGGCAGGUUCUUUUAAUUGUAGUUUGCUAAGGACUCUGAGGGAAAGUCAUCACAUCUGUUACCCUUUUACAGACUGUGGUGAAGUAGUGGUAGUUCUGAUUUCCUGGAAGAGUUAAGAAGUCUUUUAUUUAACGCCAAAGUACACAACAUUUAUGUAAGGAAGCAUCUGAAGAUAUUGUUAUCUUUUAAGACCUCAAUUUUGCACUCUGCUACUCCCAGACUUAUUUUUCUUUCCUGUCAGAGGCAUAUAAAUUAAAACCUGCAGACCACAUUCCUUCAAGACAAAAAUUUUUAAUCUGCACCCUGAAAAAUUUCCUAGUUCUAGUUGAGGUACUCUGGAAACAUGAAUUGGAAAUUCAUUUCAAUAAUUCAACAACAUACAUGCUCCUGUUUCUCUUGGAUUUGAAUUUUGCAUGUCAGUUGUUGGUUUAAAAUGGCUAAACCCUAGUGAAAGUGCUAAUUGUUCCUGAGUUAUUCUUCUUUAUUUAACAUGAUGAAUCUGGGGGGUGGGGGGAUGGUGUUCCAUUUUGUAUGGUAAUGUUGCAAUUCAGAGGCAUUCUCUGUGUUCCUCUAGUAUGCCUUGCUUUGCAAUCUUUUAAGAAUGAGCUGCUUUUAAUGAUUACUAAGGGGAUAUACUGAAGUAAGAAAUCACACUCUUUGGAGUGAGCAAGUUUUCUGCAAAACAUGAAACAGAUCACACUGUGGUGUACAGAUAAGCACAGUCAUCUUAAAAUUUAAAAGAAGAAGCAAAGACUACAGUGGCUUUCUGCAGUGUAUGUGAGCAACUUUUGUGCCUGUGCUCUUUGGAGUGGAUGAACUUCCUCUCCUGUUCUGUUAUUUAAUAAAUACUUCUGAUUACA